AGUGAUUAUUAACAUUCACAUUUUAGACUUCAUGAAGAAAGUAAAAAACACAGUAAUCGAUAAGGCGACUCUGAAUAUAUCUGUGGAGGUGCUGGACUUGGCAAAGUGGAAGGUUAUUCCGGACCUAUCAGAAAUCAAAAGUCAACCCGGAGAUGGUAGCGUUGAUGCCUCGAUCGAAGAUGAGCCAGAGGAUUGUAGUCCAGCAGUCAACUAUGAUACACCCAGGAUAUCGAAUGUCGUUGAACAUCAUUUAGAAAUUAAAUCUCAGCAACUUAUUUGGAACCAGGUCGCUGAUAGUACCCCGACUGCUAGCACUGGAAACGUGAGUAUACAGAUGGUAACAAUAGAGAUGGAAAUCAAAAAGCGGUUGAAGCAAAGUAUUAAUGACAAUCAACGCAAGGAACUAGUUGCACGUUUUUCUAAACUUUCUGUUGAAAGAAACAGAUUUAAGUGUUCGAGUAACUUACCACAGGUCUUUCAGGUAAAAUAUCUUGGAUCACACGAUGCCCGCGGUCUUUGGGGCAUCAAACACACCCGGAAGCCCGUUGACAACAUGGUUGCUUCAGCCAAGUCUUUGCCUAUCGGUACUAUUCUGCCCUUUGUUAAACUCAUUAUCAAUGAUGAUGAAGUCGGGAUCCUACCUCUCGACAAGUACCGCAUUACUAUCCACUCCAGGAUCUAUCCCAUUGAAAGUAUCUCAUAUGGAGUGCAGGACAUCGUUUACACGAGAAUCUUUUCUAUGAUUAUCGUAAGAGAGACUGAUGAUUUUCGGAAAAUGUCGCCCUUUGAGUGCCACAGCUUUGUCUGCGAAUCUAAACAUCAUGCUAGGCAAAUCACCUAUGCCCUAGCAACUGCCUUUCAGGUAUAUUCACAGCAUGUGAAGCAAAGCAUUAAUAAUCCAAUAAAAAGUUAAACCAAAAGAUUUACUAUCCAGCUAAGCAAUCCAAAUAAAGUUGAGAUAGAUUUUAUUUUAAAACUUGAUAAAUAUGUAAUUAAUAUUUUGACUUUCGGAUUCAUUUUACAGAAGAAACAAUAUAGUGGAUCUAGAUGAACCUGAUUUCUUGAUCGAAAUUAGGUCAUAAAUAGACGCGUAAUAAACUGAAAAUCUCUUAUUUCGGUUCAAAUUUAAUAAGAAAUCAAU